UGUGUCUGUGAUUAUAUAAGAACCGCUACCUUGAUUUGAACCCUAUUCCUAUCAUUUAAACAAAUAGCUUUCCAAGAGUGAUCGUGUUGUAUUGUGCUUGCAGCCCGUUUACCCAUGACGACAUUGUUGCAAUUGCAGUGCCUUGUUAAUUAAAGUUUAGCCUUUAGUCUACGUGAUACGCAGUCAUACGCUGUAUAACAGUUAGAAAAGAUCAAUCAUUUUCGUAUACCCACUUAAUAAAGCCCGAGGAUACAAACAUCGUUUUGAGUUAGAAAACUGCGAAGCGCUGACUUUUGGACUAUUGUUGCACCCGGGAGAUAUAUGACACAAAAGGAUAUCAUGCAGUGAAGGAAUGAUGCAACGGAUUAGAAAUUGGACACUGGUCAUAUGUGUAAUUCUAGUCUGCAUGUUUGUGGUCUUCCGACCCCUGGAAGACUUCUCAGAUGGGAUCUGUGCGUGUACUCACUGUGUCAGACAGCAGAGCCACAGUCAUUGGUUCAAUGAACUCUACAACGUCUCUGUCCCAGCUUUGCUCACCAGGAGAAAUCAUGUGCUUAGUGAUAGUGACCUGAAGUAUUGGAAGGGUCUUCAGAAAUUAAAGACCGAAUCCAACUACGUCGAAGUGGUGGAGAAGUUGUUCUCGCUCUUCCCAGAUAAAGAACACUACUCCGAUGCUGGACCGGAUCGCUGCCGAAUCUGUGCUGUUGUGGGAAACUCUGGCAACCUCCAAGGAUCCUAUUAUGGACGUCUCAUAGAUUUUCAUGACUUUGUCAUUAGGAUAAAUAAGGGCCCAACCAAAGGUUUUGAGAAGGAUGUGGGUUCCAAGACCACUCAUCGGAUGAUCUAUCCCGAGAGCUCUGUGGAUAUGGACGACUUCACCCACCUUGUACUUUCUCCCUUUAAGAUCUUGGACAUGGAGUGGCUCAUCAGUGCCUUCACCACUAAAAACAUCACACGCACCUACAUGAAAGUUAAGCCGAGUGUGACUGCCAACAGACAUAAGGUGAUGAUUCUACAUCCGGCUUUUAUAAAAUACGUCCAUGAGAUUUGGUUACUAAAACGUGGCCGAUAUCCAUCCACUGGCUUCCUCGCAAUUGUAUUUGCCCUGCACAUCUGUGACCAGGUUUCUGCAUUUGGGUUUGGUGCCGAUCAGUAUGGAAACUGGUAUCACUACUUUGAGAAAACCGGACGCAACCUUCACACCGGUGCUCACCCCGGCAGCUUUGAAUUUGACACUAUGAUGCGCCUUUACCUUGAAAACAAAAUUCAGGUGUUCAAAAGAAGAUAAUUAUAGGAAAUCGGACAUGUGUCAUUCGACUAGUAAAUUGAACCAGAUCAAACUGUACUGCUUACGCCUGCAUCAUAAGGCACUCAUUUAUGCUACGUUUCUUGUUUGGUUGCAAAUGUUUGCUUGGUUCAGAGAAAAAGCUUCCCUUGAGCAAAACUCCACAUGCUGUAAUGUAUUUAAAGUGACCCAGUUUUACGGGCGUAGGACAUUGAGAUGGCACUGUAUUGUCCGUGAAGAUAUAUUUUAUUUGUUUAGCCACCUCACAAAUUCCUGUCUGCGUACAUGUGUACGUCAAAGCAGAGAAUGGGUUUUUUUUGGGGCGUGGAAGUCUAUUGUGCAACAGAAUGUUCAGUUGCCCACUCCUCAAGAUAACUUCUGAAUGAUCAGCCAAUGACGCACCUGCUCUGCAAAAAAUGUUUCACGCUGACUGAGCAGUAAAGGGAUCCUGAAACAGAUCUUUACAUAUAAUGAGGUCAUUUAUUUGUUGAGAUUAAGUGUCCUAGCUACCGAAAUGUGUUUUCUCUUCACAAUGUAAUUCCAACAAAUGCCUUCAGAACAAUGGUGCUGUUAUACGGAAUGCCUUGAGAUCAUCAUGUGGCUCAGAAAAAAUACUUUAAAGAUCUCGCACUGAUGGUAAUGAACACACACUUUUGUUUUCGAAAUGGUAACAUGCAUGUUCAAACGAAGCCAUUUCAUUGUGUCAUUUAAUAAAUAAAAUAAACGCUAAUCAUUCACAAAA